GCAGAGGAUGGAUAGCGUGUUCUCGAAAGAGAGAGACGCUGACAGCUCAGCUCGAUGACGAAGUCAGAGGUAGUGGGAAAACUUUUCACACCUGCCCCUUCAUGGUACUUGCGGUGGAAUCUUAAGGCGAAGAUGUAACCAGAUUGUAGCCAGAAGUAAACGGUGAACUUGUGCAAGGCUUUUGUCGCACGUGGACUAGCGUCUUGCCAACAGACCCGAUCUGAGCAGCAGGUUACUCAGUGUCGUCUGCUAUAGAAGUGGCACUACAGAAGGCAAGAAGGCGGUUUUGCAACAAAACGAACCGCUCUCAAGGGAGACAUAUCGUGUUAGUAUAGUUCCACUUUGGAGGAAUUGCGUCUUACGCCACAACAAAAGUCAAGGCGCUUAGAAAUAUUCGCAGGUUGUUUCGGGUAUUUUGACACGCAGGGAACGACACAUUUGUUUUGCUGAUUUAUUUAUUAAAUUAAUAAUAACCGAAACAAACACAUUACCAAGGAAAUUUGAAGAAGCAUUCGGUAGGCUUAACAUUGGAAAGGCACAGAGCCCACAAUAGGAACUAUACACGUGGAUAUUAGGUAUAUUCACUGAUAUCAGUAUAGAUGUAGACAUAGACUAUUAUUCAUAUACAGACCGCAUUUACACUGAUGUAUAACGAUUUCACCCGUGGUAUGAACCUAGGUGGCACAGUUUCCAUGCCCAAUAUGAACGGCUGGCACCACUUCUCCUCUAUGGGUGCAUACAGGGACGUGCAGGAGUUCCCGGUCCCCAACCCCCUCUAGCCCACCAAGCCGUGCCAAUGGUGAUCUCGACGUCGUCCCCGUCGUCUCUGUCUCCGCCCUCCGCCUUCACAAAUCUGAACUCCUACAACAACGGGUUCCCCAGGGAGGCAACGCCAACGGGUUCUGGCAUGAGCACCCCAGGUUCCUUGGCGGACCUGUCCAGCCGGACAUCCUCCAACGUCGCACCGGGCUACGACGCCUACAAAUACUCACCGUGCCAAAUCAGUAGUUUCUACCCGUAUUCCUCCUACCCCAGCAGUGACCCUUGGUCAAGCGUGGGUAGUAACGCACUGUCCGCACCUCCGCCUCCCCCUAGUUACCAGUACGCCCCCGUGCCACCGGACAGUUGUAUGUAUUCUUGCAGCCACACACAUAAUGCAGACACGGGCACUGGGUGGUCUCGUAUGGACUCUGGGGGUCUCUUAGGGAACCCCCCGACCACCCCACUGGGGGAGAGUGGCCUCAGUCAGUCUCAGUCCAUCUCAGGGGGUGGUCUCCUGGCAACCACGGCGUCAAGCAGCAGCGUUACCAUGACAACGACGGAUUCGCCGUAUUCCAACGUCACAAGUUACUAUAUGAAAAAUAUAACAGACACGAGUAAAAUACCCAGCAAUACCACCCUACCCGCUGUUAUUCAUAUGAGGAAGAAACGCAAGCCGUAUUCGAAAUACCAAAUAGCAGAACUUGAAAGGGAGUACGUCAGCAACACGUACAUCAGCAAGCCAAAGCGUUGGGAACUUAGCCAAAGACUUCAGCUUAGCGAACGCCAAGUGAAAAUAUGGUUCCAGAAUCGGCGGAUGAAGGAAAAGAAAGUGAAAGGAGGCAAGCAGACGUAG